GCUGCGACCCCCGCGCCGUUCUGGAUGCCAUGGAAGGGCUCUGCUGGAUGCUGCGGGACCCCAAGGCAUCUCUGAAGGCGCACGUCGCCGUCCCGCUGGCCCUGCAGGCGAGAAUGUUCUUUGAGGAUGAGAACAGCGGCCUGAGGCGGGCCUCCAUGGAGCUCUUUGGCCACCUCAGCAAAUUUGUUUGCAAGAAGUCGUCCCUCUUUGGGGCUGAGGUGGAGGAGAGCAUGGGGAUGCUGCUCAUCCACCUACAGGAUGGGGAUCCCCAGGUGGCCCAGGUGAGUGCAGCUGAGGGCUCAUAGGGGCAGGGGUGCUGGGGGCAUUAUAACAACAUGGCAAGGGUGGUGCAAACUCCACCCUCCAAGCCCCAGAUCUUCUCAGUGCUGACCUGUGGCACCCAGGAUAGGGACCCCCCACACUUGUCCAGCCCUUCCCCACCCCACACAGAGCUCUGCCAGUCCUCAGAGUGCAGCUGUGGGCAGGGCCGGCUCUGGCUUUUUUGCCGCCCCAAGCAAAAAAAAACCCACAGGCCGGCCGGAGCGGGAAGGGGUGCGGGGGACACAAACCUGCGGAC